AUGACGGUCCUUAGCGUCCAUAACUUGGUCCUGGCCUGCACUGGCUACGUGGCCUGCACCAUCCUGUACCAGAUUGUCUACUACAGGUUCUUCCACCCGUUGGCAAAGUUCCCAGGCUCGUUCUGGGCCAGUGUCACACGACUCUGGAUCGCAUGGCACAACGUCCAAGAAGAUGAGUGCGCCACGUACCAGAAGCUUCACGCGGAGCAUGGCCCCGUCAUCCGAAUCACCCCAACCAUGCUCCUCGUCAACGAUGCCACCAAGCUCCCCUUGAUCUACAGCCGCCAGGCCAGCAAAUCCCAGCACUACAUCACCGGUAGCUUCGGCAAGGAUGAAUCGCUCUUCAACAUGCAGGAGGCGAGUCUGCACGCCAAGUUCCGCAAGCUCGUCGCGGCGCCAUACAGCUUCAGCAACAUCAAGCGCAUGGAGCCUCUUGUCGACGAGCAGAUUCAGCGCUGGCUUGAGACUCUCAACAACAAGUUCGCCGAGUCCCGCGAGGACUUUGACUUUGCGCCUUGGGCCGUCUACAUGGCGUACGAUGUCAUCUCGUCCGUCGGCUUCGGCGCACCCUUUGGCUUCAUCGAGCAGGGCAAGGACGUCGAGGGCCUGAUCCAGGGGUUCCACGAUGGUCUGGUGCCUUUUGGCAUCAUGGCACGAUUGUACCCGUUCACCAACUGGGUCAAGAGCACGUUCAUGGGCAAGUACCUGGUCGCCAGCCCCGAGCAGGACUCUGGUAUCGGCACGCUGAUGCGCUUCCGUGACCGACUUAUCGCGCAGCGCUUCAAGGACAUUGAGGCCGGCACAACGGACGGCCGUGUCGACCUCCUGCAGACAUUCAUAGAUGCGCGUGACGACAAGGGCGAGCCUCUCGACAUCAACUACCUCAAGGCCGAGAUCCUCCUCGUCCUCCUCGCCGGCGCAGAUACGACUGGCACAUCGUUCCAGGCACUCAUGCUGCAUCUCUUCUCCAACCCCGACGUCUACGAGAAGCUGAUGACCGAGAUCGACCAGGUCACCAAGGAGGGCAAGCUGUCGGAGAUGCCGCAGUAUGACGAGGUGCUCGCCCACUGCCCCUACUACGUCGCCUGCGUCCGCGAGAGCAUGCGACUGAACCCGUCAGCGCCCAACAUCUUCCCCCGCCUCGCCCCCAAGGGCGGUCUCGAGCUCUUUGGCCAGUUUGUUCCCGAGGGCACCGAGGUGACGUGCAACCCAUGGCUCGUCCACCGGGACCCGCAGAUCUACGGGCCUGACGCAGAGGAAUUCCGUCCCGAGCGGUGGCUGGACGAGGAGAAGGCAAAGGAGUUCCAGAAGUACAACAUGGGGUUCGGCUACGGUGCGCGGUCCUGUCUCGGGAAGGAUAUCGCCAUGAUGGAGCUGUUCAAGGGCCCGCUGGUCUUCCUCCGCUCGUUCAAGCCGAAGGUCAAGAACGAGAGGAACCCGGCCAAGUACCUGGUCAAGGGGGGCGUCAGCUACUUUGAGGAUAUGUGGAUCAACAUUGAGAAGAGGCCUCAAGUUAUCCGCCAAGGGAAGUAA